GCGAUAUCCCCCUGCUGCCAAAACCCGUUUCAGGAUCAAGUCGCGUUUUACGGUUCGCAAACUUCUCUUCAGGGAAAUAUCGUGCUUUAUUACUGUCAAGCACCUUUUCAUUUUCGCAUUUGUUUCUGACAUUUCGCUUUUUUCCUCAUUUAAAAGCGAGUUUGAAAUUUAUUUUCUCCACUUGGACAGAAAAACACUUGACAACAUUUAAAAGAGAAAAACUGAGUGUUUUGGUGUUAACGCUGAAAAUGAUGCAGAGAGAUUCCAUAUGGCAACGAUGAACGACUAAGUUUUCAGUACAAUGUACCGGCUGAUUUGCAUUUCCUCACUUUGGAUAUUGUUAAUGCAAAUAUUAUCGAAUGCGGCAUUAAGGCAGACGUGUGGUGGCACCCACACAGCAGCUCGAGGCAUUCUAUCCACCCCUAAUUUUCCAGGACCGUUUGAUGUUCCAAUACGAUGCCAAUGGAUAAUCGACGCUGUUAAUACCGGCACUGCAAAUACUUCCAUUAUCGUAUACUUGACUCAAUUGUUCACAUUUGAAGGUUUAACGUUUACUGAAUACCAGCUCUAUGGCAACGAUUACAAGAUCAAUCCAAUAGUUAUCCAUAAAGUAAAUGAGACGAAUGUGGUGCGCACUAAAUGGGUACAAACUUUCCGCAGUUAUUUGGUGAUUGAGUUAAAAUUGCAAUCAGUUGAUUCGGCACAUCUUCGAGUACUGGACAAAUUCCUGGAUACGUAUGGAUUCAACAUCACUUAUGAAAUUACAACCAAUAGUGUACGAAGAUCGCCCUGCACUAUGAUGGAUUGCGGUUUUACUGGCAUUUGUUUCGAUCAUUACACAAAGUUCAGUUGUCACUGCUUUGAUGGUUACUCUGGACCAAACUGCUCCGAAGGACCAAAAUCGUUCUGUUAUACAAACGGAACUCCGACCUGCAAAAAUGGUGGUACUUGUCUGCACGUUGGAGUAGCGGCCGUUAAGUGUCACUGUUCGAAACUUUUCUCUGGAAAUACUUGCGAGACGCCCGUGGAACCAACUGGCGCUAAAGCGUUGAAAAACUGCCCAAACUGCCCGACAAAUUGCACGCACAAUGAGAAACCGGACAACACUUGCAAAUGUCUUAGUGCAAAGCCAGACGUAGUUGGCCACACUGGUACAUUUGCCACUCUCCAACUUGGAAAUCUACCUCCAUUAGAGCCAAAUGAUCUGAAGACGUAUAUAAAGAUCCAACUUCUAGGACACCUCCAGCUGAAUCUGUCGUCAACUGAAGAUAUUAAGAUUGCCAAUCUAAUGUGA